AAUGGUUCAUAGAGAGUAAUAAGAAUAUGAUGAACGAGAAAAAUUCAACGCCACUGUCUGCGUUCAGCGAGACCACUUGAACGACAUGAGCCCAUCUUUCAAACUUAAAAUUUUCAGCUGGAGACAACUUUCCCAGUACAUUAUGGUGAUUGUAUUCCAUGUCAAAAUGAUUGGAACACUAAACUUACUUCACUUAUCAUGCAUGUUUGUGCAAGUCUCUCUAUUGGGUCAAGGUUUCGCAGUCUCCAACUGUACAGGAGAUAGACAAAACAAACAAGUGAAGGAUAUUGAUUACCUUGGUUGCUAUGAAACUGGAUGCUUGAACAUGGAGUACAACAUUAGCUAUCCAGAAAACAGUGGGACCACGCCCAAAUCGUGCUCAUCCAGAUGCGGAGAAAUCGGGUACCUUCUGGCCUUCGUCUAUAAAGGAUCUAGAUGUUCCUGUUCCUGCAAUGAUACAGGCCUAGAUGAAAAGGUCGAUGAUUAUAGAUGCGGGUUACCCUGCCAGCAGGGUGACGAGCAAUUUUGUGGUGGGAUAAACUUCAGUGUUGUGUACCAAGUAAAAUUCUCAACACUGAACACUUCAAACUUGACCGGUGAAAAAACGACUGAUGAACCCGGUGGUUCUUCCAGGGGCUACGUCACUCUUGUGACACUUCUCGUUUUCUUCUUUUUCAUCAUAUGCGGUUUGGUAAUCACGGUGGCCUUCUUUCAUCGACGCUUGCAGAAGUGGCAUCCGCCCAAUAUCAUAAGUGAAUACAGCAGAAGGAUCACCCUUAGGAGGAGAGCACCUUACCCCACCAUAGAUCGCCAUCGUGCCUUGGCGAACGAGGAUGAGCGUGACCCUCGCCGCAAUGCAGAGAUGCCGUCCUCUACACCUACCCUUCCGAGGCGCGAUCGCCUCGGAGACGCACUGCGUCAUCCAAUCGAAGACAUCAACCCAUACUCAUAUGGACACGGCGCGGAUCACAAUACUUAUCAGGUACCGCAAUAUGCUACUCUCGAACGUAACGUCAGUGUGCCACCGGGCUUCGAUGACGAUGAUUACGGCAUCACAAAACCAAACGCUGGAUUGACUAUGAUAAGCCCUCAAGCAUAUGGUAAUGGAGAAGACGGCUAUCUCGUGCCGGCAAAAAAUGUGAGGGUAAUCAGCUCUCCUGCGUAUGAUUAUUUAAACCGUUAGUUUUUUUGUGUGUGUGUUUCGUAACUGCUUUAAUACGCAUUAACAGAAACACAUCUAUCGGUGUACCCCUAUAUAUAACAAAUACACCAAUACGUGUAAUUCCCGCAAAAUGUGGACUUUACACAAACAAAGAGCAAACAUAACUAUACAACCACAUACUAAUUUGGAUAUUGGCUUGCUCAAUCAGAUCGGGGAGGUCUAUGCACGUGUAUGGCAACUACAUGUAAUCGGUAACGAGAACCUAAGAGUGAACACAAAUUUGGGUUCAAUUUCCACCUCCUUUUUUUAGAAGCAUUCCCUAAUCUCAUAAUGGGAUGUAAGGGAUAACAGGCGCAGUGUGUAUUUUCCCACCCUGAAUCAAAUUUUUGAAUGAAUACAUCUUUGUUACAAAUAUUGUUUAUUCUGAUAAAAGUCUGUAUCACUUGAAUGAAACUGUAAAUGCUGAACCAACAAGUGUCUGUAAAUGUGUAUGUGUAUGUGUGUUUUGAACAAUCAAGCUUACUAUAUUAUCUUUAAAAAAUGCAAUUUCAUUAUUUUUCUUAACUCCACAUGGAAUAUCAAGUUUAUUAAUUCAGAGAUUAAACUUAACAACCAUUUUUUUACAGAGUUGAAAAUACUAGGUUUACAGGCGUUUUCAUUGAUAGUCAUUUAGCAUGGAUACAUCACAUAAAUUAAGUUGAGAACAAAGUUGCAAAACUUGCUAAAACUGUAUUGCGUACAUUAUAUUGCUAUUUAAUCUUGCCAUAUUUCUUAUUGUAAUUUGGUCUGGACUAACACAUACCAAAGGCAUCUUGAAAGAUAAAAUAUGUUCCCUUAGGAAUAAAAUUGUACGUAAUAUUUCUUCAGACGACAAGAUGCAAUUAGCCAUACUAAAAUGUUAUUUUAUUCCAUAAAAUUGUUGAAAUUAGAUAACAUCAGCAAUCUUCCCGUCUGUGAUUAUUCUUAGUAUAGAGGUGUUCACAUUCCCAAAUUCCAUUAAAUAUCGUGAAUCGUUUAAGUGUGUUUCAAACAUACAUCAUUUUCAUACCCUCUCAAAUAGUCAAAUGUUUAGUCCUAAACGCAGAAAGAUGAUCUUCCAACACAACAUCCGCUAUAGUAUUAUUUUAUUUGUAUUGUUUACUGUAUUUAUUUAUGUAUACAGGCGUAUCCCACCACAAGCCCUGCUUUAGGGCACAUGCCUUCUUUUAUAACCUUAAAAAUAUUUAUGUUCUUCAUGACAAUCUUAUUUUUGUAUGAGUUUAUGUUAAUGAAAAAUCAAGAAAUUUUGUGAAAUGGAAGAAAAGUGUUUAUUCAAAAUGAAUCGAAUUGCAUCGAAAUAAUUUUUUCCCGUUAAAAGUGAAACAAUUUCAUGCUAUGCGCAAUCUAUUUAAUUAGAAUCAUACAUUAAGAAGAAGGCUGAAUGCCACUAAAAUGUAUGCUUUACUAUCUGUGUUAUCAAGCCAUGAUUUAAUGAUUACUGUUGAAUGUGGCACUAAACAUUUGCCGGUACACAUCAAGUUUCUUUUAUAUACUGUAUUUUCCGUAUUUUCAUGUGUAGUUAAAAAUUAAUCGGAUUACGUCAAAAAUAAGGGGCGAUCAAUUUUGAUAUGUUAUUGAUUAUCAUCUUUUCGAAAAUCCAUAAGCGGAACGCUUUCAUUCCAUGAGAAAAUUAAAAGGAAAAAUGCAGUGUGUGGAACUCAAGAAUAGAAUAUAAUCGAUGGACUUAUAUGAAUUUUCUCCUGAAUAAAAGCAUGUAGAAUCAUCGUUAUCACAAGUAUGCAGUUUCAUUUUCUAUGGAGUGUAAAUAAAAAUACAAAGAACUCUCUGACAUCACAGGCAAACCUUUUGUAUAUUUCAAAACAUUACCUAUAUGCCCAGGUAUAUGUAGAAUCACAAAGAUAUUGUACAAAGGGUAUAUAAUGUUGAAUGGUUUCUUUCCAUUUACAUUUCUACAGUCAGUUCCUAUAUAGCAAUUGAGGCAUGAUACAUGUAAAUAUGCAAUUUUAUCUUACAAUUUAAACCUACUACUUACAACUUUUUACUCGCUAUAUUCUGAAAGUUUUAGAAGGAAUUCAUUCUGUGCAGGUACUAAAAAUAUUUAUAAAUGAAAUAAAAAUGUGAGAUAUUAAGGUUUAUUUAGUUUUGUAAAGGCGGCAGCACUUUAAGGCUUUGUCUUUCCAGUUGCAUCCUCAUUCAUUCAUGCGUACUUUUUUGUAAUAUGGUACAAAUUCUAUCAAUACUGUAUUAUUUUACCUUUUCCUCCCUUGUAAUGUUUGUAUGUUAAGUAGUGUUUUUUUAACGAUAAAUCAAAUAAAUGCUAUCAAUCUAAAAAAUAAUCUAAUUAUUUUGUUUAAUGUUACAUAUUUUUCGACAAUGAAUUCAAAUUCUGAAAAAGAGUAUUCACAGCAAAAGACGGACUGUACCAAUGUUCAUAAUGAGCUUAAUUAAAAACAAAAAGAAAAGAAAAUAUUGUAAUGUUGAAAUAAAAAACGUUUAGUCACGUAGGUGUUGAGAACUCACAGAGUGACGGAGAUGUUAUGAUUACAUAAACACCAAUUGAUUUUUCAAACAUAUCUCCUUGAUAGAGCUCAAAUUAUGAAUUCAAACUGUUUUACAUUCGACGAUGAGUAAA